AUGGUCCGCGCCUUCUUGAUCCACCCGCUGCGGGACCGUCCCGGGGAGGCGCCCGAUCCCUGCCGGCCCCUCUUCUGCAGGGUCUUCGCGGGGGCGGCGGAGGAGCCCCCGGCCCAGAAGGAGCGGCUGCGGGCGGUGGCCAGGCAGGUGGAAACGGCGUUCCGGCUGCAGCAGACUCUCUCCGGGAAGCGUCCCUCCCAGCACCUUCACCAGCCGCUGCUGUCCGACGAAGCUGUUUCUCUCCCGGAGACCCCCUCUGGGGUCUUCCGCCUCCCCGCAGGGGACCCCUUCCCCGAGGACGCAACCGUGCUCUGGCUGGGGGUCCAGGCCUUGGCUUUUGUUCUGGUUUGUGACCCUGAGGAAAACCUGAUGCUGGCGGAGGCCACACUGAAACGCCUGGCGAACGCUCUGCUGGAGCACCUGAAGCUUCAGACCCCGGGGAGCGAGGCGCUCCUGAAGGCCGACCGGACGGAGGCCGUCCUGGAGAAGUUCCUGCCCCACGGACAGCUGCUCUUCCUGAACGACCAGUUUGUGGUGGGGCUGGAGAAGGAGCUGAGCCUCCAUUUUGGCAAAUGAAUGGCCAACCCCAGGAGGGGCUUCGCCGGGGCCCUCCGUUGCUUCCUCUUCUUAUUGUGGC